AUGUCCGAACGCCCGACAGAACAGGUGGCUCUCAUCGGCCUGGGAGCCAUCGGCAUCUCAUUCGCGGCCCUCUACCUUCGUUACACGGAGUACAGUGUCAGCGUAUAUGAUACUCGGCCUGACCUAGAGGCGCAUAUCUCAACCGUACUGCCUGGUUACGUCGACUCUGAUGACUCCUCGCUAGGAAUUUCGCAUCUCCGAGAAUCCAGACGCCUCAAGAUUUGCACCACACUCGAAGAAGCAUGUCACAGCGCUACCAUUGUUCAGGAGCAAGGGCCCGAGAGCUUGAGUUUCAAGCGUUCCAUCUGGCCCAAGAUUGAAAGCGCAUCGCCUAUCAAUGCCCAUUUCUGGAGCUCAACUUCCGGCAUCGCCGCCUCACUACAGAACCAGGACAUGAUCGACAAGGCUCGUCUGCUUGUCGUUCAUCCAUUCAACCCGCCACAUAUACUGCCAUUGCUGGAGAUCGUUCCUUCUCCGACGACCAGCCCCAAAGAGGUUGAUUUUGCCAAGAGAUUCUUUGCUGAACUUGGUUCCGGUCAUCGCCCAGUGGUGAUUCGCAAAGAGCUGCCCGGGUUCGUAGGUAACCGCCUGGCUUUUGCGCUUCUGAGAGAAGCAUUUUCCUUGGUUCAGCAAGACGUGGUCAGCGCGCAGGACCUAGACACGAUAAUGGAAGCGAGUCUAGGACCUCGAUGGGCCGUCCAGGGUGUUUUCAAGUCCUAUAACCAAGGCGGCGGUGUUGCUGGAAUAGAAUCGUUUUUGAAUAAUCUUUCAGGCACCAUACAAGAUAUUUGGGAUAGUUCGAAACCUGUAAGGUUUGCCGAAAAAAGCAGAGAGCCAUCCCAGAGACACGACGAUGGAGAUUGGGAGAAGAAGGUUGUGGAACAAACCGUUGAGGCAUAUGGCAUGCCCACUCCUGAACAAUUUCAAGAGCGAGAUGUAAAACUGAGGAAGGUUUUGGAGGCUCAAAAGAAGUGA